AUGAGAUUCUCUACAUACCUGAUAGUGCCUACCCUACUUGGGUUGUGCAACGCGGUGACUAUCGAUUCCCUCUUCAACACCAAAAUGACAGGACCUGGGGGUCUUGGUGCAAACAAGGCCAUUAUACAAAAUUGGCUUGAUGAUACUGCUCUCCUUGUCGAUGCUGCUCUGGGCGGUAUUAAUACCUACCAAACCGAUGAGAAUAUACGGAAUAAUCUUUUCGCCUAUUUUGGCAUCAGGCCUACCAAAUCUGGCAAGGUGCACGCUUCAGACAAUGGUAAACUCACGACCGUUAUAAACACAUUGCAAGGUGUCCAGAGAUUCCUCAGCAGACAGAACACGAGAUUCACUGUAGAAGGAGAUGGUACAGGAAAGCUAUGGCUCUUCUAUGAUUCUACAUGGCAAGAAGAAACAGAACUUAUAUACGACCCCACGGGAAAACCAGUUGCGGAUCCAAAAGACGCUUCCAAGCAAGCCAAUUUUCGUACGUUCGCCGGCUCAGUCGAUGCUAGCACGAAUAGCUUGAUCAAAGACAUGCAAUUAGGCACAUCUCCAAAUUGGAGUAAAUAUGCAUACUAUUCCUCUGAUCUGCAUGACUACGUUAUAGAAACCAAGGCGAAUCGAUAUCCUGGAAGCCCACUCUCGUGGUGUAGAGGAAAGUCACUGUCGCCCAAGGAACUACGAUUUGGUCUUACAAAUACGAACCUUUAUCGUGACGUCGUUACGCUUUGCCCAGAUGCAUUCAGUACAGAUUCGGAACCAUAUGAGACCAUAGCUACUGCUAUGGCAUCGGCCCAGGCAAAAACUGCUGGCACUGGUCUUGAUGAUGCUUCUCCAAGAUCAUUGACACUUUUCCAUGAAUUGAUCCAUUUGACAUUUGGACAGGGUGCUGAUGAUACCCCGGAUAGUGCCACCAAACCAACUGAAAGCUUAGCUCAAACGGUCAACAAGCAAAGUUCCCAGAGUCUAGUCAAUCCAAACUCUUAUGCGUUCUUUGCGUGGUCUUACUAUCUCACCAAUAACGGUAACCCAAGUUAUAAAUGGCAUAGCGGAUUUGCGCAGGCAUAGACAUAGUUUUGGAAGGAAAACACAGAGAAGUACAAGACAUGGAUUCGAAUUCAUGUGUAUACAUGAGAAAUGUUCCGACUCGUAAUUGACAAUUUUACACUGGUCAAUCAAUUAUUUGAUUUCGAAGGUGCUAAACAUGUAAAAUAGCCACGUAGAUUCAAAUUGCUCUUACUUACACUCGCCAGUGCCAGUUGAUCUGAAGUUAUCUACGGACAACUUUCAAUUUUCCAGAUCGAACUUUGGAGAAGUUGAAUAAAUUCCCCACUUAACAUGACAAUAAAUGUGUAACGAAUGAUUGCGUAUACUGGUUGGGGGAGUUAUGCAUGGCCAAAUCCUACCGCA